UCAAAUGAGUGCCGGUGAUCGCCAUAUUUGUGGCGGAUAAGAACGUGUUUUCUAUCUUGAAAUUCGUCGUUUUCGGCGAAAGGGAGUAAAUUCUACUCCCUUUUUUGAGUUUCUAAAGUUUUCAGUGUUAUAUUUAUCAGUUGUUAAACAAUAGUAUUUGUGGAGAUCAUUUCUCUUUUUGUUUUGUAUUAGAAACAUGGCUUUCUAAGAUGUCGUCCUUGAAUGUAAAUUUGUCGUCUCCCUGCGGAGUAUCCCGCUCAGCUGUAGCAUUGGAUGGCGGAAGAGUUCAGAAUGGACAAGAAAUCUAUAAAUCGUUCCUCUUUACAACAGUCGCGGCCUCAUGCCGUCGACUGUAAAAAAGGAGCAGAAGUUGUCAAUAAACCUUGGCCGAGGAGUAAGAAACGCGAAGGAUCUAGUAAUCAACCUAAAAAUGAGCCUUAUCGCAAAAAUGUGUUGUCAUCACGGGGUAGAGGAUCAAUGGACAAGCGCCCCCGUCCUCGGGAUGGUCCCAAUCUAUUUAUGGGUGGAGCGCAGAACACCAGGGUAGAAGAUGAUGAUGAGCCUGAAAUAGGCUCUGUAUUUGUGCCUGGCAGCAAAAAGCAAAACCUGAGUCAUUUGCUGAACUUCUCGUAUCCUGCUCGUUGUGGUGGGACUGACAGGGGACCAGCCCCGCGACGGCAGACACAGCCUAGGGUGUCUUUUAGACCGAAAAAUGACAACUACCUUCGAUCUCACUCCCAGUUUGUGGUGAGGGAAAUUGGAGACUAUAAGCUGAAUCUGUUAGAUCCUGACUUGCCUGUGAAAUGGGAUGAAAUUGAGGAAAUCGUGGUGAGAGGUACUGGGAAGUCGGAAUGUCCCAUAUGCCUGGGCACUCCAGUGGCAGGAAGAGUGAGUUUGUGCGGCCAUGUGUACUGCUGGGCCUGUGUCCUGCACUAUGCAGCUACGCACGAGAAACAACCGCCACCAUGCCCAGUGUGUUCAAUGCCUCUACAGGUGCCUGAUAUGAAGCCAGCUAGGAUUUACCAGUGGGAAUCUCCGGCUGAUGAGGUGACAAUGAGACUAGUGCGUCGUUUACGAGGCUCCACUUUCGUGGAACUUGCUCCGCCACGAGGAUCAGUGGCUGAAGGAACUGAUCCGGGUGUAUUACCACUGGAGAGUCUUAACGGCUCGCCUUUCAACAAAUUCUUCUCGGCUACUAAAGAACAGGUAAUGGACAUACUAGAAAGGGACAGGAAAGAAAUAAAAGAUCAAAUCAUGGCAGAAAUUGACACCACUGAAAUUGUAUACCUAGAACAAGCACUACAAAUGCUUGACUUGAAACAGGAGAAAAUUAAAAAUCAAUACAGCAAAUCUGCUAUUGAAAAUGAAACUAAGGAUAUACCGGAAGUGGUAUAUGAAAAACAUGAAGUCAGUGACAGGAAAAUUGAUUGGUUUGAUGAGCAAGAAGCCGCAGCAAGUGUGGUCAAUGUUACAGAGGAUAUGGCUAAAGUGAAUAUAGAGGAUAAAGAACAUUCUGAUGCACCGUCUGAGGCUUUUGAGGAAAUUCAAUCAUCUCUAAACCCAGCAGCAGCGGAAUUUAAUUUUGAUGGAGCCGCAGAGGAGUUUCCACUUAUUGAGUGUCAUGAACCAGUUGAUCAAGAGUUUACUGAUAUUGACAAGCAGAACCAAGCUAAAUACUUUUAUUUCUAUCAAGCUGCGGAUGGCCAACAAGUAUUUCUGAACAGCAUCAAUGUGCGGAUGCUGAACGCGUCCUGGGGCAUGCUGGCCGCCGCCCCACCGGUGAUAACCGCUCGUGUGCUUCACCGGGAGAUGCUACCUGUUUGGGAACAGACAAGGAAGCAUAUGCCGUGUACCGCUCACCUGCCCCUUCAGUGCACUUACGAGGUUGUUGAACUGGAUCUGAAACCACCGUACGUUACACCAGAAGCCCUCGACAACUUCUCAGCUGAACUAGACCGCCGUGCCCGUACUCGUGCGAAACAGGAGCGCGAGGAGCGUCGUCGGGAGCGAGCGUACAGGCGCGCGAUGGAGGGCCCGCCCAAGCCCGACAUAUCGUCCUCAGUUCUCUUCCCCCCGGCGCCCUACGGCAGCCCGCCCUACGUGGAGGUGGAGUUGCCGUCGACUAGUGUCGCCGAGUCGCCGAGCAAUGUGUCGUCCCCGUCGGGAUUGUCGUUUGCAAAGAUGGCAGGGGCUAGUGGAACAUGGAGUGUUAGAAAAGCUCAAGCACCACUAAAACCUCCCACUGAAGAUGAUGAGGAGUCUACAGGUCCUAGAAAUCUGGUACUGAGCGACGCUAUAGAGGCGGCUCUGCAAGCCUCCUCAACCAAACCCGCUGGCAAAAAGAACAAGAAGAACAAACAAAAAGUUUUAUUUGCCACUGGCAUGCAAAGAUCGUCCUAGACAUUGCUCGCGAACAAAAUGUUUAUUAAUUAAUUAUUUACACCUUUUUUUU